GACCGCCUCGCUUUACGGCCCGCGGCGUGCGGAGCGCGACCGUUUCCGCUCUCUGCUCGGCGGCACCGCCAACAUGGCGUCGGGCAGCGGGACUAAGAAUUUGGACUUCCGCCGAAAGUGGGACAAAGAUGAAUAUGAGAAACUUGCAGAGAAGCGGCUCACGGAAGAGAGAGAAAAGAAAGAUGGCAAACCGGCCCAGCCUGUCAAAAGGGAGCUCCUGCGGCACCGCGACUACAAGGUGGACCUGGAAUCCAAGCUGGGCAAGACCAUCGUCAUCACCAAAACCACCCCGCAGUCAGAGAUGGGAGGGUACUACUGCAACGUAUGUGACUGUGUGGUGAAAGACUCCAUUAACUUCUUGGAUCACAUCAAUGGCAAAAAACACCAGAGGAACCUGGGCAUGUCCAUGAGGGUGGAGCGUUCCACGCUGGACCAGGUGAAAAAACGCUUUGAGGUGAACAAGAAGAAGAUGGAGGAGAAGCAGAAGGAUUAUGACUUUGAGGAGAGGAUGAAGGAGCUUCGCGAGGAGGAGGAAAAGGCUAAAGCCUACAAAAAGGAGAAGCAGAGAGAGAAGAAACGGAGGGCAGAGGAAGACUUGACAUUUGAAGAGGACGAUGAAAUGGCAGCUGUGAUGGGUUUCUCUGGUUUUGGUUCAACCAAGAAGAAUCACUGAGCAGCUCUGGACUCUCCUUUUUUUUUUUCUUGAAACAGAUUGUUUUUAACCAGGAGAUUCUGGAUAACUCUUUAAAGACUUGAUUGAGGACUUGUAUGUAAAUCUCCCAGGAGAAGGUGGCUGGAGGAAUUGGAAACAGAUCCCGCGUUCUUCCUGUGCUGCAAACACACUGCACCUGCCAUUAGCUUCCCAUUUCCUUCUGUGUCCUAGAUCUGGCUACCUGUUACUGUGCUCUGUGGCCUUGUGUGUGCAGGGAACUGUUCUGCUAGGUAGGUUUUGGGGUCAAUAAAGUACCGUGGUUCUGUACACACAGCAUCACUCAAUUAUUUUAAUUGUCAUGUGAGCUCAGUUGUUUUGGGAUUGUGUGCCCAUGGUGCAGGGAAGGACUUGGUUUUGUUUUGGAUCAUGCAGCUGAGGUACCAUCCUGAGUGGUGCUGAUUUGUACAGCCUGAACCCUUAUGGCUGGUGCUGAGCAGAACUGUUGGCCACAUGGAGUCUGAGUUGCUGAAAUUUCCUGUGUAUUUUAUCAAUAAGGAAUCUGUUUUAUUUUACCGUUUUCCCUUGUGUUUCAUGGCAUAACUCUGGCAUCUUUAAUCCAAGGGAGAAAUUCCUCUCCAGGAUUGAGCUAGGAUAGAACGAACGGCAAAAAGAAGUGUGUGCAACUUGCCAAAAAAUAAAUAAAUUGAUGUUUUU